AUGGCCGAACCUCCAAGAGUGGUGGGUCUUAAUGUCGGUGGUCAUAUUUACACAACCACGCUUUACACUGUCACUCAGUAUUCCGACUCAAAACUAGGAAAGCUUUUUAGUUUAGAGAGCCAGGUACCUAGGGAUCAAAAGGGAAACUACUUCUUAGACAGAGACGGUGUGCUGUUUAAACACGUCCUCAACUUCUUGCGCACGAAAAAAUUGAUCCUUCCGGACGACUUUCAGGAUUUUGAACAGUUUGAGAUUGAAGCCGCGUUCUAUGGGAUUAAACCGCUUGAAGAAGAGGUUCAAAAUGCUAAGAAAAACAGGAAGCUCAUUAGCUCCGGCCCAGAGAUUCUACGGCUUUUCUACAGCUCGAAGACGCAGCUGGUGUUGGCUGGUGGGUUGGCGGUUAUUCAGAGGCUCGUGCCCAAUGUACGGAUGUUGGGUGGAAAUGUCCUGAGCGGCUCUGCCUACACCUUCAAAACGAAUGACAAGAUCGUGGAGGGAGGACAAGCUAAAGUUCCGAUUAAAUUGGAACAGUUAGAUGCUUUUCUACAACAUGUCGUCGACGAGGGUUUUGAGGUCAAGAUGUCAACUUUCUUUUUAGAUGGUCACGCAAGUCAAGCCUGGGUAUUCGUUCGUAAGUAAUGCCGCAAAGAACGACUCAUGCCAUGAACCUGUUUUAACAAUAGAACUCAUAUUGAAUGGUAGAAUCAUGAAAUCUCUUAGCUUUUCUGAGGAAGACACAUCUCGUCUUUUACUGCGUCUAACUAUAAACAUGAAUUGUCAAAUCAAUAUACUGUGUAGCAAUAGAAGUGCCAUUAGCGCUAUCUGGGAGCGGUUAUUAUUGUGCCUAAACAGAUAUUGCAGGUGAAUGGGAAAGAAAUGAAAUACUUUAUAUUGAAAUAUAACACGUGGAAUUGUAAUUGUACUUUUACGUUAAAAUGGCUCGAAAGUAAACAUUGACAAAUAUGAAAUUCAGGAAUAAAAUUGUCUAUUGUCCGAUAGCAUAACGCGUUCUAAUUUUCCUCUCGAAUUGGUUUGCGUUCUCCUUGUUUAAAAUAUAUUUGCUCAGGGAAUUCAUUUUAAAAUUCGAAAGUUCGUGGUAGGUCUUACAACAGUGAGUGUUUUGACGGAGAACACAGUUUUCAUCGUUACGCCCCUCUUACUUUUGUAGUUGUACAAUAUAUUCCCAGUCGUCUCCGUCAAUCUGUCAAUUAACCCCCAAUAAUUGCCUAGGUACGCGUAGGAUUCUGCAGAAGUUGUGAGGUGAUUGGUUUCCUUCUUCCCUUAACUUUUUUAUUAAACAUUUUGAUAAUAGCUCUUUUCCAUGACAAAAUGAGGGAGAUCAGGCUAAGGUAGGAAAUUAUUUGCGCAAUACACAAUCCCUGAAUUUUUUUCUGUCACUCAUCUGUUUAUUUUUUAUUUCAACGGACAAUUGCCCUGCUUGCUUAGGCUCUUUAAUUGGGGCGGUGUUCAUUGGUCCAAUCAAUAUCCCUCUUGAUCUCAGAGUAUAGAAAAGUGGUCUGAAAAUCUGAUUUGCUUUCGCCAAAAGGUUUAGAUAACGGCAGAUAUGUCAGGAUAUAAGACAUUUUUAUGAUUUGCUUUUCCUUCACACCUUUUCUGGACCAGCUCGAGUGACGAGUGGCUUUUAUUUCACACCGGAUACGAGGAUGGGACUAGCUGAGAAACUGAUGAAGUCCUUUCCAAUUCUGAAAGUGCUAUAUUAGAAUAAUUAAUUUUUAAACGGAUUUUUUAUUCUAAAUGGAGAAAAAGUAUAUUUCUAAACCCAAUUCUAUGCUGAUAAGGGCAGUCAAAUAUCUAAUUUAAAUAUUAAUUUACUCUUUCUUUUUCUCCUUAAUUUUCUCUCUUUUGUUUUCUUCCCCGAAAAUGUGAAAUACGACUCCAGCAAAAGAAAACAAGAAGUGAAGACGGGGCACGUGUGUUACUAAAGCCUUGCAUAGUAGCUGAAUUGCUUAGAAAAGGGUAUAAUUUUUAAUUCAGAAAUCUUGCGUGACAAAACGCGAAUGACACGCCACAAUCGAUGAUCAUUACAUGACUUGUCUCGCAGUCGACGUGCCGCCAUAUUAUUAAGACGGGGCUACUUUUCCGCUGGUCUUCGAUACUGAGAAUUUAAGGUAUGUUCAAGAUAUUUUUUGAUCGAUUAUGCAAGUUCUGUUUAUUUUCCUGGCAAAAGGUAAACGAAUGUCGCGUUAUUAACUCAGAUUAUUCAAAUCUAACCACCACCACCGUCACCGAGGUUCUUUCGGGAUGUAGAUUCAGUAAAAAUUUCAAGUUUUCACACUGCCUCUACUCUAAAAAUUGUCCACCGCUAUGUUUGAUUAUGUUGUCACCGUUUUGCCAAUGUGUGGAGUUCUCAGAUAUCUUUCGAACGACAACUUACCACUGUGUUUACCUCAAAUGAAGUUAGUUGACGUGCGUAGGGGUUUCGGUUUUCCUUUAACAGCACACGUUUGAUGAGAAUGGACGAAGUUCAAGAAUUUCCAUCCAUAAUAGACGUAAACGUUGGAGGCAAUGUUUACACCACAUCACUAGCAAGCCUUACAAGAUUUCCAGACUCCAUGUUGGGGGUCAUGUUUAGUGGACGGCGGCCGGUGGCGAAAGAUUCUCGAGGAAAUUUCUUCAUCGAUCGUGACGGGCCGAUGUUUCGGUAUGUGUUAAAUUUCUUGCGCUCUUCCAAGUUGAAUCUACCUGACAAUUUUCAGGAAUUUGAUCAGCUCGCUGAGGAGGCCGAUUUUUAUCAAAUUCCUCGUCUCAUUGAAGCCUUGAAAAAAAUCAAAUUAAGCAGUACUGUGGGAAGAAAUCAAGUGAUUCGCAUAACACUGGACAGAGACAAGCACGGAUUAGAGACGUUGCUGACGGUUUUCGCCGAGAAGCUCAUCUUACAAGAGAUAUUUCAAGGCUACGACUGCAUCUGUAGCCCUCUCGUAUUUUCGUUCGAUAAAGAACAGGCGGACUCGUCUACUACAGCGAUUCUACAAGAAAUCACUAAUUAUGGUUUUGAGGUGAUGACAAGCCUCUCGCAUCCUGAAGACAAAUCUAUUAAUGAGUGGUUUUUCCUUCGCAAGCGCAAGACAAAUGUACCAAAUUCUUAA